AUGCUACUGGCUGUGGAAGGAGGAGGUUUUUUCUCAUCGUCAGCUUCAGGAUACAGUCAUGGCCUCGCUCUUUUGCUGCUUGGACGGAAAGAAGAAGAGAAGCCUGUCAAGGUAUCACCAUGGAGUCAGUACCGACUAGUCGAUGGGGAAGCUGAGCAUGUUUGUCAUCUGGCUUCCACGAAAAACCAAGCUCCCCGUAAAUGUGCUCCCUUCAUCUGCUUCGGUAGCACUGCUUUGGAGCUCGAAGGGGCAUCUCCUCCGAAACUGAGUUCAAGCAACACUUUGGACUCUUUGGAGGAGCCAUCCCGUUCAACAAAGAAGAAGGUUACCACUAAUGGUUCCAUAACUGGAGAUGAGAGAAAAGGUUGUCUUAAGAGCAACUCAAAAAGGGAUUCGUCAGAGCACUGUAUAGUGGUGAGUGAAGGUGAAGAACCACGUGAGUCACUGGAAGAGGUGCAAACCUUGAAAUCUGGUAUGGAACGGAGAAAAGUUCAAUGGACUGAUACAUGUGGAAAGGAGCUUUUUGAGAUAAGGGAAUUCGAAGCCAGUGAUGGAAGUUUGUCAGAUGAUGAACUGGAAAAUGAGGGUUUCAGGAAAUGUUUCUCGCCCAAGUGGAUAUCUUGGAUGAAGUCUUUUGUCCGAGGAGGAAGUGUAGCUAUAAAGGCAAACGAUGAUGUAAGACCUUAUGUUCAAACGAAGAAGGGUCUUCGACAGGACGAUCCCCUAUUCAUUAGGCUCUUCAACAUCAUAUAUGACAUGUUGGCCGUUCUAAUUGCUAAAGCCAAAGUUAUUUAUUCAGUUACUCGCUCACUCGGUACCCGGACUAUUCUUCAGAAUUCGGGUUCUCAAGAGUUGGUUGCAGGUUUGCAGCAGCUUGUCAAACAUUUGGAGCGGGUAGUCGUGUUUUACCCAGAAGCAUGGGUGGCGGCCUAG